AUGGCGAACCAUCACCCUUCCCCCCCGAUGCAGAGGCAGAUGCAUCAUGGACCACCAGGCCCCGCGCGACCGCCUCCUCCCCCGCAGUCCCUUGCAGCGGCGCGGCAGACCCUCAUGCAAUUGAACGAGGAGGUCUGGAUCAAUCUAGGAGCCGUGUCAGAGCUUUUUGGUAGUCCCGACGAUGCCAUGAUUGCAUAUCAGCAUGCUCUCCGAGCCAAUCCAAAUUCUAUUCCGGCUUUAAACGCCAUGAGUCUGGUUCUGAGAAACCGCGAGGACUUCCCUAAGGCGGCAGAAUACCUGAAUGCCAUUCUGAAGCUGGAUGACAGAAACGGGGAGGCGUGGGGCAGCCUUGGACAUUGUUAUCUUAUGAUGGACGACCUGCAGCAAGCCUAUAAUGCCUAUCAAUCGGCCUUGUCCACCCUCCCGGAUCCAAAAGAACCCCGACUUUGGUACGGCAUUGGAAUCCUAUAUGACCGCUAUGGGUCGUUAGAGCUCGCCGAAGAUGCCUUCGCCCAGGUCAUGCAAAUGCAGCCAGACUUCGACAAAGCCCAUGAGAUAUACUUCCGGUUGGGCAUUAUCUACAAGCAGCAGCAGAAAUACAGCCGGUCUCUUGAGUGCUUCAAGUACAUUGUGAACUCACCUCCCACGCCACUCACCGAGGAGGACAUCUGGUUCCAAAUAGGCCAUGUUCAUGAGCAGCAAAAGGAUUUCGAGAGUGCAAAGGCGGCGUACCACCGUGUGCUUGAGCGUGACCCCAACCAUGCCAAGGUCCUCCAGCAGCUUGGCUGGCUGCAUCACACUCAGAGCCAGAACUAUGCCAGCCAAGAAAGAGCGAUCGACUAUCUGGAGAAGUCUGUGGCAGCUGAUAACUCGGAUGCGCAAAGCUGGUACCUCUUGGGGCGCUGCUACAUGCAAAUGCAGAAGUACCCCAAGGCCUACGAAGCCUAUCAACAAGCUGUGUACCGUGAUGGCCGGAAUCCAACGUUUUGGUGCUCGAUAGGUGUGCUUUACUACCAGAUCAAUCAGUACCGUGACGCGCUCGAUGCGUACUCACGCGCCAUCCGCCUCAACCCCUACAUUUCCGAGGUUUGGUAUGACCUUGGCACCUUGUAUGAGUCAUGCAACAACCAAAUCGCGGAUGCCCUCGACGCCUACCAGCGUGCCGCUGAGCUGGAUCCUACAAAUCCCCACAUCAAGACACGGCUGCAGUUGCUGCGAAACGGACAAGCAAAUGGCGCUCCACCGGGACAGGCGCCGAUGCCGACUGACGUUAAUCCUCACGCGUACCAGGCUGCCGGUACAGUUGGCCCUCCUGGACCGCAGUGGGCCGGCUCAGGUCCCCCGCCGCAGUCCCAGCCUCCUCAGGCAAUGCUCAAUGGCAACGGGCCGGGCCCCGGUCCGAAUGGCUGGGGAGGCAGGAUCUCCGACAUUAACCCUCCUCCUCAGCCGCCCAACCCUUACGCUACGGAGCGCGAGCCCUUUCGUGGGCAGCCUCCCCCUGGCCAGCGACAGCCCAGCCCGCAACCUGAACAGCGAAUGAGACCAUACCCUGAAGCGAACAGGCUGCCGGAGCAGCACAGACGCGGGCCAUCGCCUCCGCCUCAAGCGCACUACACGGCGCCUCCACCGCCUCCUCCUCCCCAACAAUCUCAGCAGCCUCCGCAAGUGUCACAGCCACCGCCGAGAGUUCGGAAUCCGAACUACGGUGGCCACACACCCGCUCCAGUAAUGCAGCCGGGCUCGGCUCCCGGCCCCAGCGGGAACGCAUCGAACCCGCUGAUGCCGUACCGCACGAGCAGCCCUAGGAAUGAUGGAAGACCCCCCAUGCAUGACAACCGAAUGCCAUCGCCGAAAUCGGCCUAUCCGCAGCAUCAACCACCGUAUCCAACCCAUCCCGAUCAAGCUGGCCCCAGCGGCCCGGAGUCAGGCGUUCCGCUUCCUCCUCAGCCAGGCAUGCACGCAGAUGCCGCGCUACAUCGGGAGCAUGACGGGCGUCCGCCGUCGGUUGGGCCCAAGAGGAUGCGUGAGUGGGAAGACGACCGGGAUGCAAAAAAACCCACCACAGAGGAGGCGAGGGCCCGCAUGGAUGACAUCCGCCAUCGCCGCCCGUCCACUCCACCUCGCCUCGAGCCAUAUCGCCGGAAUUCUUCCGAGAUCCGCCGCUUUGACGACCGACGCAUGGAGGAUCCACGACGGCUUGAGGAACAGCGUCGAGCCGAGGAGAUGCGCCGUGUCGACGAACAUCGCCAUGGCGGUGACGGUUACCAUCCUUCGGAAGCAGCCCACCACCCGCCGUCGCACUCAAUGCCAACCCACUUGCCACCGAUGCAGCAGGGUCCGGCACCUCUUCAAGGUUCUAUGCACGAAGGACCGGGUCCUCAGGCCGGCCCUGUUCCGAAAGAGUACCAGUCCGGGCCCGAUGAGAGGAGAAUGGAUCAUUCCGCAGGCCAUGCUGCGAUAAUGGGCGAGCCCGAGCGGGCUGCUCGGAAGGUGGAGUUUGACGAAGACUACGAUGACAGCGGCGAGGAAGACAAGAAGGCAGGUGUUGUCUCUGGUCCCGCAUCAGGCCCAAGCUCUGCCUCGGAGAUGAAAAACGCAACACCCACCAGUGCCGGUAUCAACGGCAUCAUGGGGCAGAAGGUGGACGGGAAUUAG